AUGAAUAAUAAAAAAUUAUCAAAAGGUAUUCAUUCAGGAAAUGAUAAUGAAAAAAAAGUUAAUUAUUUAAAUACUUUAAUUAAUAAAGCAUCUGAAGCAUUCUCUGAGGCAAAUUAUGAUAAUGCAUUAAAAUAUUAUAAUGAAGCUAUAUUAAUUGAUCAAGAAAAUCAUGUACUAUAUUCUAAUAAAUCAGCUAUUUUAUUAAAAUUAGGAAAAGCUAAAGAAGCAAUUGAGGAGGCUGAUUAUGCUAUUAAUUUACAACCAUCAUGGCCUAAGGUAUUUAUUUUUUUUAUAUAA